UCGACCGCGUGUUAUAAACUAGCACCAUGGUUGUACAGAUUAUUUAUAGAAUUAAAAAAGACAAUUAUAUUACAAUUUGGAAAAUACGUGAAUGAGACUACUACUUUCUAUUAUUUUAUUAAAAUGCAAGAAAAAUUCUGAAUACAAAGAUGGCCAUUGAAGUUAGAAAACAGUCAUUUCAACAUUAUGUGCUUAUGAUUCAUGUUAGUUCAUGUUUUAGACAGAAAAAUGUUUUAAGAUUUCCCAAUCUUUAAUAUGUGAAACAGGAAGCUAGAAAAAGAUGGCUAGCGGUGUUGUCUUGGUUACUGGUGGAAGCGGAUGUUUAGGACAACAUGUUAUCAAACAUUUACACCUUCUGGGAACUGAUGUAAAAGAAAUUCGUAUUUUAGAUGUUGUGAAAUACGAACAGAAAUUAGAUUUUGAAAUAAGGAAACCAAUGAAAACGUAUGUUGGAAGUAUAACCGACCAAUCAAUGGUCAAUAAAGCAUGUGAUGGCGUGGAUGUUGUUCUUCAUAUUGCAUCACUGAUAGACUGGAGGUUAUUCCCUAAUCAUAAGACUUUACACGAGGUAAAUGUCACAGGAACGGAAACUAUUCUGAAGGCAUGCAAGGAUAAAAAUGUACCAUACUUAAUCUACUGUAGUUCUCUUAGCAUAUUCUAUGGUCCACGGGAAAUAAAGGCGGGAACUGAAACUUCAGUGCAACCACAGACUAGCUUGUACUUUGGAGCAUAUGCUAAGACAAAGUUAAAAGCUCAGAGAAUGGUGUUAGGAGCAAAUGGAAGUACACUAAAAAAUGGAAAGUCUCUAAGAACAUUAGCAAUUCUCCCACUACCACUAUAUGGCGAACUGGACUACCACAAUAUUACACCAAGUGUUCAACCUUUCAAAGAUAAAACGUACACUCUGAUUGGACCAAUGACAGCACGUGUACAUUACAGUUAUGCUGGUAACUGUGCUUAUAUGUUUAUUAAAGCAAUGGAAGGUAUUCAACGGAAUCCAGAAGUAGGAGGCGAAUACUUCUUUGCAGCAGACGAUACGCCACCAAACGUAUUCCCGGAAACCAUCCGACCUUUCUUUGAACAGUUUAAUGUCAAAACGACAUCAUGGCAUAUACCGUACUGGUUAAUAAUGUCAUUUGUGUUUAUUGUUUAUUGUGUAUUUUAUGUCAUACGAUUUAUUACACCUGUGGAUUUAGUAAAUUUAGGAUUCACAACCGGAAGUAUAUCGUUUCUGAACACCACGUGUUACGUCACAUACGAUAAAGCCAAAACAUUACUGGGAUACAAACCAUUAUACGACUACAAAACUUCUAUUGAAAUGUCUAAAAAGUUUUACGCAAAAGUUGUUUAAUGAAAGUUAUUUAGAAACAAUUCUUUUUAAUGAGAUUAUCGACUUUUUUCACUACAAAGUAUGGGUUAUUUAUGGGGUGAUAUUUCGCAAUUAUUUUUAUUUUUUUAUAUAUGGUUUUAUGGUUAUCAGGAACUUUCCUGGAAGAUAAUAUACUACAUUUGUAUCAUAGUUCGAAACAUUUCUACAUCGAUGAUCCAUCCUACUUCAUGGUAUUGUCUGCUCAUCAGUGAAUUUGAUGAGUAGUCUUUUACCUCAAAAUCACCAAGGAAAUAUAUUGAAUAUCACUACUUACUUAAGUUUAUAGUUCAAUGAUUGUCUGUUCUGUUAAUCAUAAAUUACAUGCUGUCAAAAUUAAAAGUCCAUAUUGUG